CAUGAAGCAAAUUUCAAGUUUCUCAAUCUAAUUCACUUCCUUGUUACAAUUUUUUUUGUCUUAAUUUUGGAGUUACAGUCGAACUUGUUGAAUUGUCCACAUGGCUAGCUUCCUUGCUGCCCCUGCAUGUCCCAUGGCCAGUCUUUCCUUCACCCCUAGGGCCAGUGUCCCUUCUGGCCAGCAAAAGAGUUUCUCCAUCAAUGGUGGUCCUUUGUUUUUUGGGCUAAAACAUAUCCCAAAAAUUCAAUUCUCUAAGGCAUCUGACAUUUCUUCCCCCAGGUCUGGAUGUUUCAGGACUGCCAUUUCAUGCUCUGCCCAAUCUGAGACCCUGAAAAUCGUUCAGAGCACCAUUGCUAAGCAGUUGUCUAUUGAGGAAAGCACAGUGGCUGCUGAAACCAAGUUUGCUGACUUGGGUGCUGACUCCCUUGACACGGUGGAAAUAAUGAUGGCUUUGGAAGAACAAUUCGGGGUGUCAAUUGGGGAAGAAGGAGCCCAGAACAUUGUCACUGUUCAAGAUGCAGCAGAUCUCAUUGAGAAAGUUCUUGCAUCAUCUGCAUAGGUAAGAUCCUAAACAGAAUACAAGGAAGACUUGAAUCCUCUGGUUUUCAUUAUUAAGAGAUAAGUGCCACUAGAGAAAUCCUGCUGAGUUAUUCUGCAGCUGGAAAAUUUUCCCUUUUUUUUUUUUUGUUCUUUUUUUGAGUUGCACUUGACUAUAAUGAGGUAUUUGCUUCUGUUCUUCAAGAAAAAGGAGAAUCUAAAGCAAGCUUGGAUGAUCUAUUGAUCUCUAAGCUUCUUUUAUUCUUCAACAUUUGCACUUUUGUGACAAAUAAGACUCAGUUGGCAUCUAAUCUCACACUAAAUUCUAGAGGAAAUUAGGUGCAUAAUUUAG